UAGCGCCCACACGUAAUAAAGCAAGAGACUUUAAGAGCUUUUCGACUCUCAAUUCUCGAACUUUGAGUUGGGCUUCUUCUUCUUUCAUUCUCUCUCUCUCUGCUUCAUAUCGAUUUUCCGGUGAUAAAUCUCUCUCGGCGUCUCCUGCAUUGUACUCGAUCUCACGAUUCUCGGCGAUCUUCGUCUCUUGUUUCCGGUUGGUAUAAAGAGAUUGAUUUGGAGUUAAAGAUUGUAUGAAUGCUGGAUAUGGAGAGAGUUUCCGAGCUUAAGAGACUUCCUAGUAAAGCUCCUGUCUCAAGAAGACGAUACUUUGAAAGUAGAGAUGCUUCUAUGCAUUUGGAGUACAACAACACAGGAGGAAGACCAAUCAACCCAACUACAACAACACUAGGCAGAGAACUCGGCUUAGUACUCAACGUGCACAGAGAAGAGUUUGGUGGUAACCAUAACGAGUUUCAAGAGUUUGAGCCUGUGGUAAGGUCAACAAACUAUCCUCUCCUGGAGAUUGAAGAGAUCGUUGCUGCUGCUGAUGCUGAUGAUAUGUCUGAAGAACCUGGUUCCAGCUCCUUCCGUGGCGUUAGCCACCCUCCAGAGCCAGACGACAUGGAUCUCAUAACAACUGCCACGUCACCGUCUCCAUUCUCUAUGCCUCGUGCGUCGCACAACACAGAUCAAUCAGACAAGGAAUGCGUUUGGGAUUCUAGUCCACACAACAGCAGCGUCAGAGCCAUGAGCAUCGCCAACAGCUCCUCCUCCACGCAGAGGAGCGAUGUAGUGUUCAGCAUGGACAAGAGCUACAUGUUCGAAAGCGCCAAGACGAGUGCAAGCGACAGUAGCGGGCUCAGUGAAGAGAGCAGCUGGAGCAGCUUCACGGGAAGUCUCAACAAGCCGCACAAAGGGAAUGAUCCGAGGUGGAAUGCAAUAACGGCUGUACGGGCACGAGACGGGGUUCUAGGGAUGAGUCACUUCAAGCUGCUGAGGCGGUUAGGGUGUGGGGACAUAGGGAGCGUUUAUCUAGCCGAGCUGAGUGGGACUAGGUGUGUUUUUGCGGUCAAAGUGAUGGAUAAAGCUUCUCUUGAGGAUAGGAAGAAGCUGAGUAGGGCUCAGACCGAGAGGGAGAUUCUGCAGCUGUUGGAUCAUCCGUUUUUGCCGACGUUGUAUGCUCAUUUCGAGACGGAUAGGUUCUCGUGUUUGGUGAUGGAGUAUUGUCCGGGUGGUGAUCUGCAUGCUUUGAGGCAGCGUCAGCCUGGGAAGCAUUUCUCUGAGUAUGCUGCGAGAUUUUACGCUGCAGAGGUGUUACUAGCACUCGAGUAUCUCCACAUGCUAGGUGUUGUCUACAGAGACUUAAAACCCGAGAACGUUCUGGUCCGAGACGACGGUCACAUAAUGCUAUCAGACUUCGACCUCUCCCUCAGAUGCGCAGUUUCCCCAACCCUGAUCAAAACAUUCGACUCCGAUCCAUCCAAACGCGGCGCCUUCUGCGUCCAACCCUCUUGCAUGAUGGAGCCCACCACAUCAUGCUUCUCACCGCGCAGCAUCUUCUCAAACAAGAGCAAAAAGAACAACAAGACGCGUAGUAAAACGCAGACGGAUGUCUCCAGAUCGCACUCGGGUUCCCUCCCCGAGCUGGUGGCCGAGCCUAACACGAGGUCCAUGUCCUUCGUCGGAACGCACGAGUACUUAGCUCCGGAGAUCAUCAAGGGAGAAGGACACGGAAGCGCGGUUGACUGGUGGACUUUUGGGAUCUUUGUUCAUGAGCUUCUUUAUGGGAAGACGCCGUUUAAAGGAUCAGGAAACAGAGCUACUCUGUUUAAUGUGGUGGGAGAGCAGUUGAAGUUCCCUGAGUCGCCGGCGACUAGUUACGCGGGGAGGGACUUGGUUCAGGCUUUGCUGGUGAAAGAUCCGAAGAAUAGGUUGGGGACAAAGAGAGGAGCGACGGAGAUUAAGCAGCAUCCGUUUUUUGAAGGAGUGAAUUGGGCGUUGAUAAGGUGUGGUACUCCUCCUGAAGUGCCGAGGCAGAUGGAGAUUGAACCGCCUCCAAAGUAUGGGCCGAUUGAUCCGGUCGGGUUUGGUAGUAAUAGCAAGAGAAUGAUGGGAGCACCACCACCAGUAAUAUCAGCAGCAUCAGCAGGAGCAGGAGGAGAUACAAAAGCUGGUGGUAAAUUUCUAGAUUUUGAGUUUUUCUGAAGCUUUGUUGUUUGUGUUUGGUCACGUAAUUAGCAUUUAUAGUCUUCUUAUGUCAGCUAUAUAUAUAUAUAUAUAUAUGGUAACUAUGUCUCAAGGCUUCAAUAGAUAAGAGUGGACAUGGUCCCUUAAAUCUUUCUUCCAUGUAAACCAAACACUUUUGUAAGGACAUGGAAAGCUCCAAGUCUGGAAUUAU